AGUAAUUUUACUUCCCCUUUAUUCUAUUCUCUCUUUAAAUCUUACUAAAUUUUAACCUUCAAUUAGUUUCCUUUUUUAUAGAUUUUAUUUUUACAUGUUUUUGUCUAAAAGUAAUAAUAAUAACAAAUAUAAUAAUAAUAGUAUUAUACAAAUUUGGUUUGUUUAAGAAUCAUACAUAUGUUAGGUUGGUGGGUAUGAUUCAUUUUGUUCAUUUGUGGAAAACAAAAAAAGAAUGAAUCUUGGCGUUGUUAAUAAACAUCAGUCAAUGAUGCCCAGUUCAAGUGGUACAUCUUGGAAGUCUGCCGGCGCCGGUGCCGGAGAUGGUGGUGUACCUGAUCAGUUUCCGGCAGGUCUACGUGUACUUGUUGUUGAUGAUGACCCAACUUGUCUUAUGAUCCUUGAGACUAUGCUUAGACGUUGCAACUAUGAAGUGACUAGAUGCAACAGAGCUGAGAUUGCUUUGAGACAUCUGAGAGAAAAUAAAAAUGGAUUUGAUGUCGUGAUAAGUGAUGUUCAUAUGCCCGAUAUGGAUGGAUUCAAACUCCUUGAACACAUUGGUCUUGAAAUGGAUCUCCCUGUUAUCAUGAUGUCAGCUGAUGACAGCAAAAGUGUAGUAAUGAAGGGUGUUACUCAUGGGGCGUGUGAUUACUUGAUAAAGCCCGUUCGUAUUGAGGCAUUACGUAAUAUAUGGCAACAUGUGGUUCGAAAACGGAAACACGAGUGGAAAGACAUCGAGCAGUCAGCAAGUGCGGAUGAGCAGAAACCACCGGAAGAGCCUGACUACUCUUCUUCUGCAAAUGAAGGGCAUAAUUGGAAAAACUCGAAAAGGAGAAAAGAUGAUGAUGAUGAAACUGAUGAAAGAGAUGAUUCUUCUUCUUUGAAGAAGCCUCGAGUUGUUUGGUCUGUUGAACUCCAUCAACAGUUUGUAGCAGCAGUUAAUCAGCUUGGAAUUGAUAAGGCUGUCCCGAAGAAAAUCUUGGAGCUGAUGAAUGUUCCUGGAUUAACUAGAGAAAACGUUGCUAGUCACCUUCAAAAAUAUCGCCUUUAUCUUAGAAGACUCAGCGGUUCCCAGCAUCCAGGUGGAAUGGCAACAGGAUUUAUGGGAAGCUCAGAUGCAGGCUACGGAUCAAUGUCGUCACUUAAUGGGAUUGAUCUACAAGCUCUAGCUGCAAGUGGUCAACUGGGUCAACUCCCUCCCCAAAGUCUCGCAACUCUUCAAGCUGCAGCUCUUGGCAGGUCGAAUAACUCCAAGUCUCCUAUUUCCGUGCCCGUUAUUGAUCAAAGAAAUAUUUUUAGCUUUGAGAAUCCAAAGUCAAGAUACACGGAAGUCCAAAGUCAACAUUUGACCAAUAAUAGCAGUGGUAAGCAGUUGAAUUUACUUCCAGGAAUUCCAACAAACAUGGAGCCGAAGCAGUUUGUGAGUUUGCAACAGUCAGCACAGCAUCCUUUUGGGAGCAUGAAUAACCAAGUUCUAAUACAGAUGGGUGGUCAAAGUCAUAUUCAAAAUCAUAUUCAAAGUCAAGCUCAGUCGAGCACAAACCCUCAUCAUGGUUUGAGGCAACCUGUCUUGUCUAGUGAGAUGUUGACACGUGGGGGAGUGGUUGACAUGGCAACGCCUGUGUACAAUCCUGCGGUAUCACAAACCUCAUCUCUCGUGGAUUUCUCAGUGAAUCACAAAACCGAUUCAUCUGGAAGUAGUUAUCCUCACGGGGGUAGUUUGGGAAUUCCAAGUCUUUCCGCUGCAUCAUCAACCCUCCAAGGAAGUGGGAAGUUAGAUACUAAGGUCUCAUUAAGAAAUAUUCUUCCAAGUUAUGAUAUUUUUAAUGAUCUGAAUCAGAACGGAUCACGUGAUUGGGGUGGUUUACAAGAUGUUGGUUUGAACUUUGACCCAUCUCCACAUACAAUGCAAGGAGGAUUGGAUGCAUCGUCUCCAAUGUUACUCCAACAUAACCGUUCUUCUGGAGUUGAAAUGGGAGGGCAUAACCGUAAUCUAACUGGUGGAAAUAAGGUGAUAUUCUCUCAAGGUGUUGAAGCUAGAACUCAUCAUAAUGGGUCAAAUGCUGGUCAACAACGUAACACUUAUAUCGGGGACAGUUCAUUUAGAGUCAAAACCGAAAGUGAGCACGAUGGAAGCUCUCAAAACACAUUAUAUCAGGAUCAGUAUGGCCAAGAUGAUCUGCUAGCUGCAAUUCUAAAGCAACAACAACAAGAAGGUAUUGGACAGCCAGAAAACGAGUUUGGCUUUGAUGGGUAUGCAUUAGAUGAUCUACCCGCCUAAACUAGGGUGUAUACAUUGUGCUUCAGCUGAUGUACAUAGAUUGACUACCGUCCGAAUCACCAAAUGACGAGAUUUCUUAAAUUUCCGGUAGCUUUUUUUAUAUUCUUGUUGUGAAUAUGGUUGUUGCUGGACAUGAUACCACAUAAAUACACGAUAUGCAAAGGCAUAACACGUGUUGAAAUUUUUGACUGCCUUAGGUAGCGUACAAAUCCCAAAACCGUAGCAACAAGCAAGUAAGAUUUCUAGGAUUAUGAAUUUGGUUUUUUUCUGAAAAAUCUGAAGAUUUACUGUAAUUCUACUUAUCAAAGCCUUAGAAAUAAUUCAAGAGUUUUGUGCAUGUUUUUUAA